AUGGGGAGAAAGGAAUUGUUAGCAGUCUUGUGCUGGCUGACGUUAAGUCAAACAUCAGCAAAAGCCGUGGAGACAGCAUACGGUGUUGGAUUUAUAGACAAUAUAAGUGCUGAAAGUGGUCCUCGCCUCUAUAGAAAUGUUCCGAUCGGUGUUUAUGCUAGUGCAACCCCUUACGCUUCCUAUUCAUUUCAUGCUCCCACGUUUCUGGCGCCAAAAAGCAAUCAAAUGAUACCUGUUCAGGAGGAAAGCGUUGUAGUGCAGAAUUCAAAUGGUUUUCUGAAGGAUUCUUAUGGACAAAGAUUCGUGGAAGCUCCACAGACUGUAGCAUACAAAGCGACAUUUCCUCAGCAAUAUGUGCAGUUACAAAACCUUCCAGCACACCUCAGUCAACCAUUAGUCGCCACUGGACAUAACUUCCAGUAUGGGCAAGCAACACCACAUUUUUUUGGACAGACUCAAUUAAGAGUGCCACAUUUGCAGACCUUAACCCCUUCAACUAUACAUCAAUAUACAGCAUCGCAGCCAAUUAUAUAUGCGAACAAUGUCAGAAGCUUUUCUCCGUCGUCAGUGCCUUAUCAAGUUAAUGGAAAUUCAUUAUCGCAACAACAACCCUCUAGCAAUAAGAAUGUUUACGUUAACAGUCUUACCGCAGAACAUUUCAAUAAAUUGCAGAAUGAACCAAAAUUCCAACGCAUACAAGAAGAACAUAAAAUUUCAUCAGCAGCUAGUAAUCACAAUAAUAAACAGAGUCAACCACAGAUUGCCCAAAAAAAUAAACUGCAGUUUGUUCAAGCCCCAAAAGAAACAAGUUUUACUACAGUGACAAACGGAAAGAAAACUAUAGUUAAUUUGAUUACCAAACCGCCACUUCCAUUGCUAGACUUGACUUUGCUAGAACCUUUGACGUUUAAAAAUCCCUUAGUGCCCCAAGUGCAGCAUUUUUUGCCAAGAAUAAAUCAAGUUACAUAUAAAAAGUUACCCGAAAUCAAUGAAGUUAAAAAACAUCAGAUGGAAUUCGUAGUACAAAACACAAAGUCCUAUGAUAGUGGACUCAUAAAGGCAAAGCCGAAAAUUGAGGUACCGAAAAAGAAGCAGAAAAAACAACCACCUCAAAACGAUAAUAGAGAUGAAGAAGAAGUGCAUCCGAAGCCAAGUGUUUCCCACGAAAAUCCUAAUGAAAGGCCUGAAAUUUCUUAUGAAAUAAAUUCACCUAAUUACAAAGAAACUUAUUCAGAACAAAAAAUGAGCUAUAAUAAAGAGACAGAAUCUGAACCUGUGAAUAUUAGUUAUGAAAAACAAACUCAAAACGAACCCGUACACUAUUCUUAUGAAAAACAAACUGAUAAGAAGCCAGUACAUUACAGCUUUGUACAUAAUUCUAAUGAACCGGUUAAACACAAACAAGUGCAUUAUGAGAAUAAUGAAGAUAGACCAAAACAGCUUAUCUAUAAUUUCAAUGCUGAAGAACAUAACGAUAAACGUCGUCCAUCUCCGACUCAAAAUCAAGAAGGGUCUUCUGAAGAUAGUUCUGAAGAAGAAGAAACUGAAAAAGAGGAAGUACACCCGAGGUUUGUACAAGACAAUAAUCGUCAAGAAUAUUACAAUGAUGUACCAACGCACUAUUACAGUAGACCAGAGCAAAGAGACCAAACGUAUAUACAUAAAUCUAACGAUGGCUCUUCUGAAGUUGAUCACAGUGCGCACCAAAGAGUUUCUCAUAAAUCGAGACAAAAUGAUGAGCAGCAUUUUCAACCUAUCAUUCCUGAAUAUGAGGAAGAUAUAACAAUACUUCCAACGCAUAAGCCUCACGCUUCCGUUCAUUCUGAACAACAACAAAAUCGUCAUCAUCAUAGUAAGCACAGUAAUCAGCAUGUACCACAAAAUGAACAACGUCAUUAUGAAUAUUCGUCAAUGCCUGUUGUGCGCGAAAAAACGGAACGAAUUAUUAUUAAAGAGGGAACCACUUCUGAAGUUCAUAAACCAAACAAUGAGUUAAUGGCGGAAAUGGUAAAAAAACAGGAGGAAAGUGAAGAAGAUUUUGAAAAAGCUUAUAAAGAUGCAGCCUAUGGAUUCCCAGCAUUCAAUGCACCUUCGGUUGAUAUCGAGAAAGAAAUUUAUAACCCUGAGUCAUACGGCGCCUCUCGGUAUCAUAAGGAUUAUAAUGUAGAAAAAAGUCCAUUACGUCAAUAUGAGGCAGAUGGUGAUGAAUAUCCAAAAGAAACACGAUCACAAUAUAAAGAUGCCCGAGACAAGACGAUGGAGGAAUAUUUCUUAGAUUAUGCAGUGAGUAGACCCGAAAGUCUUCUCGAUCGAUACAAGAAAAAAGAAGACUAUUAUAAAACGUAUACGCAACAGAAGCCUGAUCACUAUUUUGUUAGUGACAAUGAGGAUAAAAAUCAAAAAGCGAAAUUCACGACCUUACAUUCUUACGGAUAUCAUGCAAAGCCCCAACAAAAACAGCAAUUAAUUAAAUAUAGAGCUGUCCCACAUUUUGAGGAAUAUAAUUACGCCAAGGAAGCGCCGCGAGAUAAUUCCGCGUACGACACGCGACCGCAUCAGCUAUAUAAAAGUAAAACUCAGUUCGUAGAACCGCAAUAUCAAUAUGGAUUUGAGCCUUUGUCAUUACCACGCUUACUAGAUAGUGAACUAGCCGCGAUGGCUAGUAACGAUAGUCCUAAAAGUGAGAAGGUGGAAUCGAAAAAAAAAAUUUACAAGACGAAUUGGUAUUUGAAGAAAACUAGUUCCAAAGGCGGGAAAACGGGAAGUUGAUAGCAUACAUUUUAUUUA